AUGGCUUCUAGAGUUGCACAUUCCACAUUCCUUUUCUUGGGACCCCAGAAAAGGCCGGCCGAGGGAAACAGAAUUUCGCCCCAGAAUUUUACUUGUCCAGGGAGAUAUCUUUUGAAGUUGGAAAAUCGACCCCACAAAAGAAGUGAACAAAAAAAUUGUCUUGUAUACUCGAGAAAGAAGAAAAUCGUAAAAGCCGUGGCCAUAUCAGUGCCAUCAUCUCCAGCAGAUAAUGCAGAGGACAGGAAAAAAUUGAGUGAAAACUAUGGUUUUAGGCAAAUUGGAGAACCUCUUCCAGAUAAUGUCACUUUGAAAGAUAUAGUUGAUACGCUUCCAAGAAAGGUGUUCGAGAUAGAUGAUGUAAAAGCUUGGAAGUCUGUACUCACAUCCGUGACUUCUUAUGCAUUGGGGAUCUUCAUGAUUGCCAAAGCACCAUGGUAUCUACUUCCUCUAGCUUGGGCUUGGACAGGAACUGCAAUCACAGGGUUCUUUGUCAUAGGACAUGAUUGUGCCCACAAAUCAUUCUCGAGAAAUAAAUUGGUGGAAGACAUCGUUGGAACUCUGGCCUUCCUUCCAUUGAUAUACCCGUAUGAGCCCUGGCGCUUUAAGCAUGAUCGGCACCACGCAAAAACAAAUAUGUUGUCAGAGGAUACGGCAUGGCACCCUGUAUGGCUAGAAGAAUUUGAGUCCUCUCCAAUUUUGAGGAAGGCAAUUAUAUAUGGAUAUGGCCCAUUCCGACCAUGGAUGUCUAUAGCACACUGGUUGAUGUGGCACUUUGAUGUGAAGAAGUUCAGACCGAAUGAAGUUAACAGAGUAAAGAUAAGCUUGGCUUGUGUGUUUGCUUUCAUUUCAAUUGGAUGGCCACUGAUAAUCCUCAAGACUGGGAUCAUGGGAUGGAUCAAGUUCUGGUUGAUGCCGUGGUUAGGUUAUCAUUUUUGGAUGAGUACUUUUACAAUGGUCCAUCAUACGGCUCCUCACAUACCCUUUAAAUCUUCGGAUGAGUGGAAUGCUGCCCAGGCCCAGCUUAAUGGCACAGUUCAUUGUGAUUAUCCACAUUGGAUAGAGAUUCUUUGUCAUGACAUCAAUGUUCACAUACCCCAUCACAUUUCAUCCCGAAUACCAAGCUAUAAUUUGCGGGCAGCUCAUAAAUCUCUCCAAGGAAACUGGGGAAAGUACAUGAACGAGGCUACAUGGAACUGGCGUUUGAUGAAGACUAUAUUAACAAUUUGCCAUGUUUACGACAAGGAGCAAAAUUAUGUUGCUUUCGACGAACUAGCACCCAAAGAUUCACAGCCCAUCACAUUCCUUAAAAAAGUAAUGCCUGAUUAUGCUUGA